AUGGAAGACACAACAGCAGGAAACCGUUGCACAGUGACUGAUUUCCUAUUGGCUGGGCUCUCAGAGAAGCCAGAACUCCAGCUGCCCCUCUUCUUCAUCUUCAUAGGAAUCUAUAUGAUCACUGUAGCAGGGAACCUUGGCAUGAUUAUACUGAUUGGGCUCAGUUCCCAUCUACACACACCCAUGUACUUUUUCCUCAGCAGUCUGUCCUUCAUUGACUUCUGUCAGUCCACAGUUGUUACCCCUAAAAUGCUAGUGAGCUUUCUGGUAGAAAAGAAUCUCAUCUCCUACUCUGAAUGCUUGGCUCAGCUCUACUUUGUUAUCAUUUUUGGAACUGCAGAGAGCUACACAUUGGCUGUAAUGGCUUAUGACCGCUAUGUUGCCAUCUGUAACCCAUUGCUUUACAAUGUAACUAUGUCCUCUCAGAUUUACUGCUCACUGAUUUCAGGGGUAUAUAUUUUUGCUGUGUUCUGUGCUUCAUUAAAUAUAGUGUUCAUGUUUAGGGUUCAGUUCUGCAGAUUAGAGGUGGUCAACCACUAUUUCUGUGAUUUUCUUCCCCUCUUGAAGCUUGCAUGCUCUAGUACCUAUAUCAAUGAAAUGUUGAUUCUGUUUUUUGGUACACUGAACAUCUUUGUCCCGAUGCUGACUGUCAUUACUUCCUACAUCUUCAUCAUUCACAGCAUCCUCCACAUUAGCUCCAUGGAGGGCAGGUCCAAAGCCUUCAGUACUUGCAGUUCUCACAUCUCUGCUGUUGCUAUCUUCUACGGUUCAGUUGGUUUCAUGUACUUACAGCCAUUAUCAGUGAAUUCUAUGGACCAAGGGAAAGUGUCCUCUGUGUUUUACACUACUGUUGUACCCUUGCUGAACCCCUUUAUUUACAGCCUGAGGAAUAAAGAUGUCAGUGUUGCAGUGAAGAAAAUAUUUGAAAGAAAAUAA